AUGGAGACAGAGACAGUUGCUGCACCAGCGUUGUCAACUACGCAAGGAGACGAAAUCUUUAGCUUGGGCCGAUAUGAUGAUGCCGAUAAAGACAGACGUAGUUACCUUGGUCAAAACGUUACCGACAGAGGUGAAUUGACAGAAAUGCUGAAAAAACAUUACAUGAUAGAUGAAAUGAUUGAGUUUCUUAACAAAAACGUUCACUUCAAGAAAGUGACGCUCCAAUUCCCCGAUUACCUCGUCAAAGAUUCAGCUUUAAUAACUCAACUCUUGCAGGAAAAACUGGUUCAAAAUACCUGCCAACCGGACAAGGAACAGCCCCUAUGCAGAGAAAAUAGCGGACGCACAUGUUGUCAGUCUAACGACAAGGAAACAACAGAAAGGAGAGUUUGGAUUCUGGCAGAUACAGCCUACAGCUCGUGCUGCGUUGAUGAAGUAGCAUCUGAGCACGUGAACGGCGACCUGGUUGUGCAUUUUGGCGAUGCAUGUUUAAACGCAGUUCAAAAGCUCCCUGCGCUAUAUUGCUUCGGGCGGCCUUUCGUUCGCUCAAAUGAACUAUUAUUGAAAUUUCAAGAAACUUAUCCUGAAACAGAUAGCAAGGUCGUUUUGAUGGCAAACGCGCCAUAUUCAUAUCAUCUUGAGGCGCUCUACGAUAGCCUCAGGGCUAUUGGAUACGAGAACAUUGUGUAUUCUGACGUUAACAGGAACUUUGCGGGUGAUAAUGCCUUCUUUUUGGGAAACCAGCAGCAUAAUGGCUCUGAAGUAGUAUACACUCUCGAUAACAGAAUUUUACUUUCAAAGGAUGCUAAAAUAAUACAAAAUGACGAAGAACUGCAAAACAAUUUUGAUUUAUUUCAUAUAACCAAUCCGGAUGACCCUCGGCUUUUGUUUUUGACCACUAAAUUCAAGUUUGUUAGCAUUUUUGAGCCUUUAACCAGCAAGGUUUCUCAGGGUCCUUUUCCAUCUAUGAUGAAGCGUUACAAAUUCAUGCAUGUCGCUCGUACCGCGGGAACCAUAGGUUUGUUGGUGAACACCCUUUCUUUGAGAAAUACAAAGGAAACCGUCGAUAAGCUGGCCAAGCUAAUUCGCAAAAACGGGAAGAAGCAUUACAUGUUUGUGGUUGGUAAACCAAAUGUCGCUAAGCUAGCAAACUUCGAGCCAAUUGAUGUUUGGUGCAUUUUGGGUUGCAGUCAGAGUGGAAUAAUUCUUGAUCAGUUUAAUGAGUUUUUAAAGCCCAUAGUUACCCCAUAUGAACUGACGAUGGCGCUGAAUCCUGAAAUCACUUGGACAGGCCAAUGGGUGCUUGAUUUUAAACAGGUGUUAAAGGAGCUUGAAGAUGAAGAUUUGGGAGAUCAAGCAGCGGACGAAAACCCUAUUUUAGAUGAAGAAAGUGAAGCACCAGAGUUUGACGCUGUGACCGGCAAAUAUGUCAGUUCUUCGAGGCCGUUACGGAACUUAAAGCACAUUGAUGUUAGCUCACCAGCAGACGAACCUUCGGGUAGCAGCAACCAGCUUGUGGAAAAGUUCUCAGGAACAGUUGCAAUUGGCAAUACUCUCUCGACGUCUGCCGCCCACCUCCAAAACAGACAAUGGACCGGUUUGGGUAGUGACUUCACUGCAGAUAAUUAUGAGGAAGAUGGGGCAACAUUGGAAGAAGGCGGGUCAGGAAUUGCGAGUCAAUACCAGUUCGAUAGGCACAAUCGGGUCUAA